AUGUCUCCAUCACCACUGACACUCGACAGUUCUACACCAACGAGUACAGCUGACUCAUCGGAUGAUGGAGACACCGCUAAUAAAGCAGAAGGGCAAGGAGCCACCUUCGAAGGAAUCAACAACCCUUUCCUCCCUACCCGGGAAGUCGAUCAGGAAGGUGGACAUACCACAGCCGGUAGAACCGAUGCAGGAGGACGUCAAAGAGAUGAAUCUCCAGAGUCGCCUGGAGAAGCUGGACCAAUGCUCCACGCCUCAGAACUCGGAAGGAGAAUCUACUCCCCCACUGAAAUUUUGAGAAGGGCAUGGGGAGUCCACACUGGACCAGACACCUCCUUACAAGAACUAUCCAUUAAGGGAGAUGUCUCCCAUUGGAGCCCAGAUACCGACUCCUCCUGUGAGAUGGAAGUCAUCCGGCUCGAAUCCGAGGUCGCUUCAAAGAGAUCCGACUACCUCUGUAGCCGGGUAUAUCAAUGGUAUCACCAAGUCAUUCUCGAACUCGCACGUGGAAUCCACCAAUUGGCCAGGAAAGAAAGAGGAGUGGCCGAGGAAAAAGGGAUACUGGAUUGGGGGACCAGCCUUCCAAUGGAUUCCUGGAUCACCCCCAAAGAAGGAUCCUGGGAUCUACCCCCCAUGUCCUCUGACUCAACCGCCAACGACAUCUGGCACUCCGUUGCUGGGGAUGGUUGGGAAUCCCCCUGGCUGGACACCUCUUACGAGGCCAUAUGGCCAAAUCCCAUGGCCCGAAGGUCCAUCAACAAAGAACUAUGGGACUCGCUUUCGACUCCUGUCAUCAUUGGAGAAGAAUAUCGAACGAUCCCGGAGGAAGACAUGCUGAAUUUCAGCACUAGAGACGUCCUCCAUGUGAAAAGAUCUGGGGGAGACUGGACCAAACCACACCUACCAUCUGAGGUGUUUUGGACCACGUCUCCAAACCCAGAACUAGGAAAGAGGGGAUGGACAUGGAUCAUCUUAAGAAAGAAAGGAGGUGUUUCCGAUGCGGAAACGCAGGGCACUUCGGUCGGGACCGAAGGCAAGGGCCGAUACCGAUGCAAUUUCAUGGACGCCCAGAAACUAUAUCGGGAGGAAGUGGACAGCAAGAAUUCACAAAGGAGCGAUGUCUCCGCUGUGGAUUCAAUGGACAUAUCAGAUGGGACAGUAAAUGCCCAUCGAAUAGGUCCAAAUGGCGCUCUGCUUAAAGAGGGCAGAGCAAAAACCCCUCGGCAACGAACGCUGAGGGAAAAGCGUCAACAAAGGACUAGGUAA